AUUGUGCCACAGAGAGAGAGAGAGAGUAGCCAAAGGGACAGAGGGAGUGAGGACAGCGAGACUGGAAGAUCACCCAAGGCCAAUUUCAGAGCUUUCAGCUGGUCACUCAGAGCAGCUGCAGCCCAGGAGAGCAACAACACAAAGAUCUACUCAGGUGCUCCCAAGGUGCAGAGUCAGACAGGGAGCAGCAACGAGAGAACAAAAUACUCACAGAAAAGGUGUAAGUGGACACAACUGAUGAGAUCUCUUCCCAGCAUGCCACUGGUACAACAGCAUCUCAGGGCCACUGUGCCCACAACAAGCUGGAUCCUGGCUUUGGUUCUGUUUCUUGCUCUACAGGGUGCUGCUCAUGCUGCUCCAUCAGGAGACAACAAGCUGGUUCGCACCACCAGAGUGAGGAGACAGACCCCAGGGGAGGAUCAGCCGCCCUCCUCCUCCUCAGCCAACCAGACGCUGCGGGAGCAGCCCUUGGUCUUUAACCACGUCUACAACAUCAAUGUUCCCUUGGAGUCUCUUUGCUCUGUGGACCUAGACGCCUCCACACCACCUGACCCAGAUUCCCGAGGUGAGCUUGGCUCCAGACGGUCUAUGGAGGGUCCAAUAGAUCCAGCGGGAUCAACGGAAUAUACAGAGCAGACGCUGGAUGCUGAUAGCCAGAUGACGUUUACUCAUCGCAUCAAUAUCCCCAAAGCAGCAUGUGGCUGCCCAGCUUCAACUACAAUCCAGCAGCUGGCCACCAGAGUGGAGAUGCUGGAGAGAGAAGUUUCCAUGCUCAGAGCUCAGUGUGGCUCUGGAUGCUGUGGGGAGAGUUCAGCCAUGGGUCGUUUAGAUUUUGUCCCUGGCUGCAGCGGUCACGGCAGCUUCAGCUUCGACCUGUGUGGCUGCAUCUGUGAGGAAGGUUGGGGUGGCAAAAACUGCUCUGAACCUCGCUGUCCGGAUGACUGUUCUGGCCAGGGGGUGUGCGUGGAAGGUGAGUGCGUAUGUGACCGGGACUUUGGAGGCGACAACUGCUCUGAGCCGCGCUGCCCUUCAGAUUGCUCAGGCCGUGGGUUAUGUAUCGACGGAGAGUGUGUGUGCGAAGAGUCUUUCACUGGGGAAGACUGCAUGAUGGGAAGGUGUCUCAACGACUGCUCAGACCAGGGGCUGUGCAUCAAUGGAACGUGCCAGUGCCGGCCCGGGUACGUGGGAGAAGACUGCUCGCUGGUCUACUGUGCCAACAACUGCAGCAAGAAGGGCAUCUGCAAGGAUGGAUUCUGUGUCUGCCAGGACGGCUAUGCUGGAGACGACUGUAACUCUGUUGCCCCAGCUAUGAACCUGAAAGUGCGAGGUGUGACUGAUAGCACCAUUGACCUGGAGUGGGAGGGUUCUGUAGUGCUGACAGAUUUCUUAGUGACAUACACACCAAGCAGUCCUGGAGGUGUGCAACUAGAGAUAAGGUUUCCCGGCAACAUCACCUCCUGCACUAUCUCAGGCUUGGGAGCGGGCAUAGAGUACAACAUUAAUGUGUUUGCUGUCAUUAACAACAGUAUCAGCGUCCCUGCAAGCAUCACUGUUUCCACCUAUCUCUCCAAUCCAGAUGGUUUAUUCUUCAAAUCCAUCACAGAGACAUCGGUGGAGGUUCAGUGGCAGCCGUUCUACUUUUCCUUCGAUGGAUGGGAGAUCAGCUUUAUUCCUAAGGAUAAUGAUGGUGGAAUGACUGCCCAGCUGCCCAGCACCAUUACUUCCUUUGUGCAGACUGGAUUAAGACCAGGAGAGGAGUACACUGUUAACCUGGUGGCACUGCGAGAUGGAGGCCGAAGCCAGCCUUUCACUGCUACUGUCACAACAUUGAUUGAUGGCCCCACUCAGCUGGUUGUGCGGGAUGUGUCGGACACCGUGGCAUUUGUGGAGUGGACACCUCCAAAAGCAAAGAUUGAUCAGAUAAUUUUGCGCUAUGGUCUUGUGGGAGGAGAGGGUCCACGGACCACCUUCCGCCUCCAGCCCACACUCAGCCAGUACUCCCUGCAGGUUUUGCGUCCCGGCUCGCGUUAUGAGGUCUCUGUGAGCGGUGUGAGGAAGGGAAAUGAGAGCGGAUCUAUUUCCACUGAAUUUACUACCGCUUUAUCGUUCUUCUCAGAGAUCGAUGCCCCCAAGAACCUGCGACUUGUGACCAAGACCUCCACCACGCUGGAGCUGGAGUGGGAUAACAGUGAGGCAGAGGUGGAGGGUUACCAGGUGGUGUACAGUACUUUAGCAGGAGAUCUGUACGAUAAAGUCAUCGUUCCACGUAACGAGGGACCCACUACUAAGACCACUCUCACAGAUCUGCUCCCGGGCACAGAGUAUGGCAUAGGCAUCUCUGCCAUUAAAGGUAGCAACCAGAGUACACCAGCGACAAUGAACGCCAGGACAGGUCUGGAUGUGCCCUUGGACUUGACUGUAACAGCUUCAACAGAUAACACCAUCACUCUAUUGUGGGGCGUUGUUCAGGGACCCAUUGACCAUUACAAGGUCACCUACACAUCUUCCUCUGGUGUCUCCACUGAGCUUACAGUGCCUAAGGAUGUAACUACCAUCACCCUGACAGACCUUGAACCCGGCACUGAGUACACCAUCACUGUUGCAGCAAGGAGAGGGAGACAGCAGAGCACAGCAGCUACCAUUGAUGCCUUCACAGGAAUCAGGCCCGUAACACACCUCUACUUGUCAGAGGUGACUUCAGACUCGGUGUUUGUGGCCUGGAGCGCCCCAGCACCACCUGCUGACCUCUUCAUCCUGAGCUACAGCUCUGCUGACGGGACCGACACCUCUAAGGUGACGCUGGAGGGCUCCAAGACGAGGUCAUUGGUCCAGGGUUUACUGCCAUCCACUGCAUACACCAUCAGUCUGAUCACAAUACAGGGGGAUAUUACCUCUGAGCCCAUUACAGCUUCACUUACUACAGACAUGGACCCACCAAAAGAGAUGACGGUGUCGGAUGUAACAGAAGACUCAGUGACCAUCUCUUGGAUCAAACCUCUGGCUCCCUUUGAAUAUUAUAAACUGUCCUACCAGUCGGCAAGAGGUCGAGUUGACAGUGUUGUGAUUGACAGCGAUGUGACCAACUACACCCUGUCCAGCCUGUUUCCUGCUACGGAGUAUGAGAUAAGCCUCAACGCUGUGCAGGGGAGUCAGGAGAGCAAAGUGGUCACCACCUCCGUCUUCACAGCCAUGGACAUGCCAUCAGAGCUCACAGCUCUUAACAUCACUCCACAAGGAGCGCUCCUGAGGUGGAAUCCCCCUCUCUCCAAUGUGGACAACUACGUACUGACCCUCACACAGAACCAAGUUACUGCUGAUACUUUCCUCGUGGAAGGCAACAAACAGGAGCACCAGCUGUCCAACCUCAAGCCAAGCACCACCUACUCCGUAUCCCUCUAUGCCACCAAAGGACCCCUCACCAGCGGCACCGUCAUCACUAACCUCCAAACACCCAUGGAUGCACCCCUGAACCUGACGGCAAGUGAAGUGAAUCACCGCAGCGCUCUCAUCUCCUGGCAACCACCUAUCGCAGAAAUUGACAACUACAUGCUCACGUACAAGACAACCGAUGGCAGCCGGAAAGAGCUGAUCCUGGAUGCAGAGGAUACAUGGAUACGACUGGAGGGACUGGCUGAGAUGACAGAAUACACUGUGAAGCUCCAGGCUGCGAGAGGACUUGACACUAGUGCUGUAGUCUCUACCACCUUCACUACAGGGAGCCGUCUGUUUGCAACACCUCAGAAUUGUGCCCAACACCUGCUGAACGGAGAGAAUUUAAGUGGUGUCUACACCAUUUACGUCAACAGAGACCCCAGCCAGGGCGUGCAGGUGUACUGUGACAUGACCACUGAUGAAGGAGGCUGGAUUGUAUUCCAGCGUCGUCAGAACGGCCUUACAGACUUUUCCAGGAAGUGGAGUGAUUAUCGUGUGGGCUUUGGAAACUUGGAGGAUGAAUUCUGGCUUGGUCUGGACAACAUCCAGAGGAUUGCUGCUCAGGGACGUUAUGAGCUAAGGAUCGACAUGAAGGACGGACAGGAGUCAGUUUAUGCCAACUAUGACAAAUUCUCCAUUGGAGAUGCAAGAAACCUGUACAAGCUGAGGAUAGGAGAGUACAAUGGCACAGCUGGCGACUCUCUGAGCUACCAUCAGGGCCGGCCCUUCUCCACUAAAGACAGAGACAACGACAUCGCUGUCACUAACUGUGCCUUGUCCUACAAAGGAGCCUGGUGGUACAAGAACUGCCACAGGGCCAACCUCAACGGCAAAUACGGAGAGUCCAGACACAGUCAGGGUAUUAAUUGGUACCACUGGAAAGGCCAUGAGUUCUCUAUUCCUUUCGUGGAGAUGAAGAUGAGGCCGUUCAACUUCCGGAGCAUCAGCAGCAAGAGGAGGCGGUCCGCCCCUGUAUAAACAAACAACCUCCUACCAGCUCAGAGUGGUGGAUAAACAGAGUUCAGACGAUGUUUACAGACGAGCCUCUGCUCUCUGUGGGCCUCACCUUUGUGCUAUCUGAUGCCUUUAGUGAGGCUGUGAAGAAAAAAUUAGGUUAAGAAAAUAGCUACUAAUAUUUUAUUAAUCUUAAGUUGUAAAAUAAUAAUAAAAACAGCCCUAUCAAUAUUCCACCAACAAUCAGAAAGUGUCAUGACCUCGGAUGAGUCGAGAAAGUAUGAAGCAACGUCUGACCUCUGUUUAUUCACGCUCAUCUCCAGCUUUAGCUGUCUCUCCCUGCUGUACUUCUACCCAGAUGAUAGAGGACACUGUAUGUAAUUUAUUAAAUACUUUGAAUGAAAAAGGUUCUAUUUGCUGUAAAAAAAUAUGGAAAGGCAAACAAAGAAGCUUCUUUUUUCUUUGAGAUUUGCCUUUCACUGUGAUGCAAGAAAAUGAGCUCCAAAAAUGCCCUCAAGAGUGUGAGAGCCAACGUUAUUUUAAGUGUCGAAAAAUGACAACUUUUAACAAAAAAUAGACUGUAUAUGCCCUAAAACCCCUAAACUGUAAGAUAUAUAUAUUUUUAUAGCUGAUAUUGUAACAAAAGUCCAUCUAUUUAAUAUAAUUUGAUGCUUUGGUUUUUAAGCCUAAUUAUAAAAAUGAUGAAAAUUACUGGACUUGAGAGAUCAAAUUAAACUUCACCGAGCAAAACUGAACAUCAUUCAUAAAGCAGUGCACCAGCAACAGCUUCAUUUCCUGGGAUUUUAUUUAUUUUACUCCUCACUGUUUGUCUUACUGUUCAUAAUAAGGUCCUCAGUGUUAAUAGAUGAAGCAGAGUAUAAAUUAAACAUCCUAUGUAGCCACACUGAAACAAACAGGAACGCAGCAAUGCUUCCUUAUUAUUAAUUUCAAUUAAUUCUUGACUUAUUUCAUGGCUUUUAAUAUGAACUCUUUGACUUUGUUUUAAAGCCAACAACUUGCACAAAUUAGCUGUCUCAAACUUGUUGGAGGUGUUGUGAUUGCUUGCAGAUAUGGUGGCACAAUUAUGAAAGAAUCGGCAUGAUAGGAGUCCACCUGCUGAUUGUAAUGAUUCCCCUUGAGUCUGUCACUUUUCAGGUUCUUUCUUGACAGCCAUGCUGCUCCGCUCUCUUUAAUUCAAUGUGAGCUCUAAACUCUCUGCAGGAGAAAGUCGGGAUGGGCUUGGAGCAGGUUUUACUGUGGCCUCUUUGUGGCUGUUAGCUGAAAUUAACUUGUCAAAGAAAAGCAAAGCAGGAGGUGGAGUAGAGCCUAGUGUUUUUUUUUUCUGUACCCCCUGCUUUGUUUUGUCUCUUUCCGGUGAAACAAAAAAAUCAGCAAACAUGGCAGGGAAAAUUUUCUAUUAGCUAUGCAGGCAUAAUUCAUUAUUCUUGAUUUAGUGUUCAAACUGUUUCACAGGACAUUUAUACUGAUGCAUUCAACAGAGUGCAGUUUUCUGGUAGUGUUGUUUUUUCCUGCAACCUCUGUUGCAGAAGAAUGUUCUUUGGAGUUUUGAAGACAAAACACUAAAAACAGAUAAAAUCCCCUUUGUGUGGCUUACACCAUUGAUAAAAAACAAAUUUAACAGCCCAGCCCAGUGCAACCUUUCAAGAUUGAUGCCCCCAUCGCUGCAAGCAACAUUCAGUCUACUGUAUUCAAUAAUCCAAAUAUCAACAGCUUUCCAGUUAUGUUCUCAUAUUUCUCAGAUCCUUCAGUUUUGAAGUCAGAGCAGACAAUCUGACUUUUAUUGUAUGACUGUGUAUAUUUUUAUUCUUUGUUUCUUUUUUCCGCCCUUUUUAGACUUGAAAUGUUGACCCUUCCCUCUAUAACUACUAAUAUACUCAUGUAGCUAUAGAGCUAACAAUACAGUGAUUUUGAUGUGUUCCCCUCUUUAGAAGCAAACUUUCUGAAUCAUUUCCCUUUUAAUUGCUGUAUUCUUAACCAUUGUUGUGUUUAAGAACGGAGGGAGACUUCUGCAUGCUGAAUCAUUUUCAGUCAUGAGCCUAUCGUGCAUAAGAAAUGUCAGAAUGAGUUGUUGUAACACAUUUCUUGACAGAUCUGGGUAAAAUGAUGCUGCUGAAAGGGUUUGUAAAGCAAAAGAUGGAGAUUACUUUAAAUAAGAGGCCUGAAAAGUUUGUUGGAAAGUGCCCUCAAAGGCACACUAAAACAAACAUGGCCUAAAAUGUAAUUUAUUACAAACCUUUUCAACAAGUGACCUUUCCCAGGUCUGAUUUAUGUCUCAGUGUCUAAGUGACUGUUUCACAGCCUCUCAUGCGAUCCAUCUCCCAUAGUGAUUUAUAGUCCAGUAGAGGUUUCUCUGUGUACUUAUUUCAUUAAUACUUAGACAAAGUUUGCCUCGGUGCAUUUUUUGUACAAGGAACAGAGGUCAUGAAGCUUUGCAGAGAAAGGUACAGAGUGCUGUUUGUGUUGUGGAAAAUAUGAGGUGCUUUUAAAUCAUUUUAAAUUAAAGCUUAUAUUUAUUUCAGGUUGUUUAACAUAUUUGUUCAUCAAAUAUUCAUCAGAACAAACUUUCUCUUUAAAUCAAUGUGAACAAAAUGCAAAAAUCACAUUUUGAGUUAAGGUGUCUAGCCGUAGAGAAGCCUCUGUCCUGAUUUUUAUUUUGGAUGAACUUUGUUUAUCUGUUUGAAAAGUUCUUUUGUUUCUUGGGACAAACAUCACUUACUGUAGUGCAAAUAUAUCUGAGGAAUAUUUCUCUUCAUUGAGAUCCUUAAAGCUCCUGUGAGGGACUUUGACUUAGUAAUGAAUCAGCCUGAAAUUAAUAUUGGCGCUUUAAUUGUAACUACUAAAGCAAACAAGACCUUCAGAGAAACAAGUGAAUAUGACUAAAUAUAUGUUUUAUAAGCCUGUCAUCCCUGCUGCAAGGAAGGUGGGAAAGCAGCAAGCCAACAAAACAGCCUUACAGAAAAAAAACAUGUAUGCCAUUCAAAUGAAGAAGGAGGAGAAUAUUAUUCAUUUUAGAUAAGCAAAGAGCUAAAUUGUCCAGCUUUGACAACAGGGGGCGCCAAAAUUGAUACAGCUUUACAGUUUCUCACAGGAGCUUAAAGGAAAACAGUGGAAAAAGCAAAUACAAAGGAUGCAUUGUUCUUAAUAUUACCUCCUAGUUACUGUGAACGUGGAGAGGAUCGAUUUUUGGUAUUUUCUUUAUAAUUUUCAGGUUUAUCUGGAUUAUUUAAUCAUAAGUCUCAGUUACUGGAAUCAACAUUGAUUUGGUUUGAGCUUCUUAAACAAAAAAUUGCUCCUCUUGUUUAUUUAAUUGCUAUUUAUUUUCCAUGUACUCUGAUUCUACAGUACAGCAUUAAAAAAAUACUGAAUCAGUAAUGAUACCAGGUCCUUCAAGGUAUCAAUAGAAAAUGCUGUAUUUGCUGCGUUUACUUCUACAGGAGCAUUAAAUGAUACAGCCACCAUGUUUGGUGGUGUUUGUUAUUUAAGCCAGAUUCUGUAUCUGCAGUGAUUUGAAAAACUUUACAUGAAAAUGGGAAUGUUGACAAAAUGUGAUUUUGACCGU